CACGUCGCGUGAAGAGACUGGCUCGCUCGCUCGCUCGCUGCCCCAGCUUUGCUGUCCCAAGGCUCAUCCACAGAAGCUUUAAAAGGCCGCGCCUCAAAAGGAAAGGGGGCUCAAGGAAAGAACCCGAUGCUGGCGUGAACGACGACGAUGCUCACCAAACUCUCGAACUCGCCUCCUCGCUCACGUACAUGUCGUCGCAAGCAUGUGGCGGUCAAUCCUCCGCAACAAAACCACCACCACCACCACGACGGCGAUGACAUGCUUCUUCCUCGCCCAAUCACACCCUCCCCUUAUCUGCUCCGCCCUUUUUAAGCCCUCCCCUCCGCUCUCCCUCCGCCGCCACCUCCCUCCUCUCUCCGCCGGAUUUUGGGGUACUGGUUGGGGCCCCGCGAUUCGUUCCUUCUGCUCCGGGUCGGGCUCCGGGCGUCGAGCGAUGGCGGAGCGGUCGGAGAGCCUCGCCGAUCCGAGCUCCGUGUCGUACCUUACGCAGAGAGAGGCCGCCGAGGUCGACGAGAACCUCAUGGGCCCCCUCGGCUUCAGCGUCGAUCAGCUCAUGGAGUUGGCUGGCCUGAGCGUGGCGACUUCAAUCGCCGAGGUCUACAAAGCCAGCGAGUAUAAGCGCGUCCUUGCAAUAUGUGGACCCGGGAACAAUGGUGGUGAUGGCCUGGUAGCUGCUCGUCAUUUGUUUCAUUUUGGGUACAAGCCAUACAUUUGUUAUCCUAAGCGUACUCCGAAGCCUCUUUAUACUGGUCUGGUUACUCAGCUUGAAUCUCUGAGAGUUCCUUUCUUGUCAGUAGAAGAUCUUCCUUCAGACUUGUCUACGGAGUUUGAUAUCUUGCUGGAUGCAGUAUUUGGGUUCUCAUUCCAUGGUACCGCAAGGCCGCCUUUUGACGAUAUAAUAAGAAGAUUGGUUGGAAUGCGGAAAAGUGACCCAACAAAUAAAAAGUCUCCUGUAAUUGUCUCCGUUGAUAUCCCUUCCGGAUGGCAUGUUGAAGAAGGGGAUGUCGAUGGUGAAGGCAUCAAGCCUGAUAUGUUGGUUUCUCUAACUGCUCCAAAGUUGUGUGCCAAGCAAUUUCGUGGUCCACAUCACUUUUUAGGAGGUAGAUUUGUCCCACCACCUAUAGCAGAAAGAUAUAACCUCCGCCUUCCUCCAUAUCCUGGAACAUCGAUGUGUGUCCGUAUUGGCAAGGUUCCUCAAGUUGAUAUAUCAUCUAUGAGAGAGAACUACAUUUCACCAGAGUUUCGUGAGGAAGAAGUUGAGGCUGACCCCAUGAAGCAGUUUCGCAAAUGGUUUGAAGAAGCAGUGACUGCUGGGUUGCGGGAACCAAAUGCCAUGGCAUUGUCAACUGCUGGCAAGGAUGGGAAACCCUCAUCACGCAUGGUUUUGCUGAAAGGAGUUGACGAGGAUGGCUUUGUCUGGUACACCAAUUAUGAAAGUCGAAAGGCACGUGAUUUAUCUGAAAAUCCUUGGGCAUCACUGCUUUUCUACUGGGAAAGCCUCAACCGUCAGGUAAGAGUGGAAGGAUCUGUCGAGAAAGUUUCCAAUGAAGAAUCUGAGCUGUACUUCCACAGCCGUCCUCAUGGAAGUCAGAUUGGAGCAAUAGUCAGCAACCAGAGUUCUAUAGUUCCUGGAAGGCAGGUGCUCCACCAACAGUACAAAGAGUUGGAGGAAAAGUUUUCUGAUGUGAAUUUGAUUCCAAAGCCUAAACACUGGGGGGGAUACAGACUUAAGCCAGAGCUUUUCGAAUUUUGGCAAGGCCAGCAGUCUCGCCUGCAUGACAGGUUGCAGUAUUGUCCACAAGAGGUCGAUGGAAGACGAGUCUGGAGAAUUGUUCGACUGGCUCCCUGACUAGCUUCCUUAGCUUCCUCGCUGUGAAAUUCAUCAAUCAUGGUAUCGUGCCGAAUAAAUAUUACAUCCCUUUUAACAUCAUGGGGUUUGUGACAUGAAAUCAUAAGUUGUUCGCAGGAAUGUAUCAUUCCCUCCCUCUUUCAAUGAAUCAGCUGCAUGCCUCUGCAGAUUUUAUGUUAUUACUAUUUGUCUCA